GCCAGCGACCUACUAUUUGAAUUUACUAUUUGCACAAUUAUGAAUAUUAAAACUGGAUUUCUCAAUCUGAAUGUAUUGUUUUAUCGCAGAGGUAACAGUGUGGGAAACCCGGUCGUAAAAACAGCUUGAGAUUGCAUUAGUCAGCAGGUGACAGCUAUCUAUCUAAGUAGUGGCAGAGCACUUCUAAAUAUAUGUAGCACAGACACUGUUUGAGCACAUUGUGUAGCCUAUAACUUGUAGCCACUUGACUGAAGUAUUGACAUUUUGUGGACAAAAAUUAUGUCAUACAGUUGUUUUGUAAUAGCUGGUCUAUUUAGUAUUGUUUAUGGAGAUAUAGGCUACUUCUGGCACGUGACAGACUUUCACUAUGACCACACUUACUGGACCAGUCAAUUGUCCUGUAACAACCCGGUCCCCAACCCGGGGAAAUACGGGGAUUACUGGUGCGACUCACCCUGGACCUUGGUACAGGACAGCGUGAACAGCAUGGCUAGCAUCAGACGUCAGGUGGACUUCGUCCUGUGGACAGGUGACAAUGUGGCUCACAUCUCUGACUCUCACAUGUCUCUAGACAUCAACCUCAGCGUCUUAGAGAACAUUACGUCGGCACUUAAGAACAGCUUCCCAGGGAUUCCCUUUUAUCCAUCAUUGGGCAACCACGACUACUACCCUAGUGACCAGGCCGGAGAGAGGAUUUUAUUUUAUUCUCGAGUGUCCGACCUGUGGCAGGACUGGAUUAAAGACCCUGUUCAGAUUGAACUGUUCAAGAAAGGUGGUUAUUACACAAAACUGAUCAACCCCAAGCUUAGGAUUCUGGCACUUAACACAGUCUUAUACUUAAGUGAGGACAAAUUGACUGCUAACAUGUCAGACCCUGCUGGUCAGUUUCAGUGGAUAGACAGCGUUCUCAAUGCAUCUAGGGCUGCAAACGAGAAGGUCAUCAUCACAGGUCACGUGUCGCCUACCUUCCUGGUGCCUACACUGCUCGACUGGUUCCAUCCCAGAUUCCACCAGCCCUACGUGGACCUCAUGACCAAGUACUCGGACAUCAUAGUGGCCCACCACUACGGUCAUGAUCAUUCGGACUCUUUUAAAAUUUUACAGAGAUCAGACGGCUCAGGGGCGUCUCCAGUAUUUACUGCACCUUCCAUAACGCCUUGGCGUUAUAAGAUACCAACAGAGACCGGCGCCCCUCACAAUCCUGGUAUUCGCCUGGUGGAGUACGACCGAGAGACAGGGCGCCAUCUGAACUACCACCAGUAUUACAUCAACUUGACAGACAGCAACACGAGCGGCGUCACGCGCUGGACGGAACUUUACGACUUCGUUAAGACUUACAACGUGUCAGACAUGAGUGUAGCCUCGCUCAGAAAGAUCUAUAACGUUAUGCAGAAUGCCGGCACCAAGCCCAUGUUGCACAUAUGCAGCUACAUGUAUGUGACGGACGAGUCCCAACCUUGCCUUCUAUCCACCCAAGCGGGCAUCUACUGCGGAGGUCACAUCUCGGAUAUGGACAAAGCCAAGAUCUGUUUAAAUGAAUAUGUUCAUCCAGUAACUGUAAUAGGCCGCAGUUCUUGAUUGAACAUGCUGUUGUUUGUUAUUGUUAUUUCAUCAAUAAAUGAAUUGUUUCUA